UCGCCCUCUCCUCACCUGGUAGCGUGUGAGUUUUUGUUCCCUGACAUCUGGCAGAACUCUGUGAUAUAACUUUGUGUAAGUGCCUCCCUCUCCCCUUCUGGUCCCAGUGCCGUAACAUAUGGUAGUAUUUGGAGAGCCGCUUGGGCCUGGGAGCUGGCCUGGCUGCCCACACCUGCGUGCCCCCUGCCUCGCCGCUCGAGUCACGCUCCAGCACCGGGCCUGAGCUUGCACCUUCACCCUCCUCAGGGGCACGCCGGGUGCUGCCAUCUGGCCCUGGGGAUGAGAUGUGUCACUUGGUGUCCUGGGGAUGAGAUGUGUCACUUGAUGUCCCUGUGAGCGUGUGUCACCCCAGAACUACCCACGCAGCCUUGAUGAGGCUUCUCCUUCGGGUGGCCGUGAUGGAGGCCACUCGUUGUCUCAAAAAAUGACAAUGGAAGUACCCAAAAGCCCCAAGAGAAUGCACAGAAUCCAUUGGGUUAGAAGGAACCACAGUGGAUCAUCUGGUCCAACCUCCCAUGGCACAGAGUUGCAUCCAGAUGGUUCUUGCCUAUCUCCAGAGAGUGAGACUCCACAACCUCUCCUGGCAACCUGCUUCAGUGUGCGGCCACCGGCACAGCAAAGUUCGCACUCACAUUCAGGUGCAACUUCCUGGGCAUCACUUUCUGCCCGCUGCCUCUUGUCCUGUGGCUUGGCAUCACCAAGCAGAGCCGGCUUCAUGCUCUGACACCCCCUCUAGAUAUUUACAGACACUGGUGAUGUGUCCCGAGGCUGAGCAGCCCCAGCUCCCCCAGCCUUUCCCCGUCGGAGCGAUGCUGCGGGCGGCUGCCCCGGCCGGGCCCAGCGCUCCCCGGGCGGGCCGGCUCCCCCCGCGGCCGCCAUCUCCGGGGCGACGCGCGAGGCCGUCGGUGCUGCCGCUGCCGCUGCCGCUGCCGCCGCCGCACCGCCAUGGGCCCCAAGCAACCCAAGUCCGGCAGGGAGACGGCGGCGUCCGGGCUGCCGACCUGGGAGCCCGCGCUGGUGUCCGCCCGCCUCGAGGAGGAUGACUGGAAGCCUAGCAUCUCUUUCGUUGUUGGGGCCAAGAUUGAAGAUGAAAUUCACACCCAGGCCCUGGCUCUUGCUGUGCAGGUGCCACUGAGAAGACUCUUCAGUGUGGUAACCCAUGAAGACAUUUACAAACAGAUCACAGAAUCUGGGCGUCAAAAGGGAAAAAAGGCUAAGGAUCUGCCUAUGUACUAUGAGGUGAUGGAAUUAGCCAAAGCAUUUCUGGACCAGGGUGAAAAAAUUCCUGUAACACUAACUGGAAAGCUGUUGAAAUUUCAAUUGCUUUGUCUCAAACAGAAGGCUCUUCAGAGAAGAGAAGAGGAAAAGAAGGCAGAACAGCAGCAAAAAGAGAAAGAGAAAGCAGGAGAAAAAGAAAAAGCUGACCCUCCUGACAGGACAAGUGGCAAAGACAGUAAAGGAAAAAAAUCAGUGUCAUCAUCCCCUGUUAGAAAGGAGACCAAAUUCAAACAACGGGGAGAAGUGGAAGUGAAAGACAAAUACAUUGAUGAUGAACCAGAUGAUGGUGCUCAUUAUUACUUUAUCAUUCUGGGUUUCCCCAAUCUUCAGUUGUUGCCCAUCUUGACUGACCUUGGAAUUAACAUUUCAAGUGUAAUUCAAAUUUCUUCUGAAAAUUACAAACCAUUGCAGAUACACUUAAAAGCAACAAAACUUGAAAGACAAUCUUCAAUUUUACCUGAAGAUGUAGAAGCAGAGAAAAGAAAGGAAGAUGAAGCUAAGAAAGACCUGGAAACAUUUUGGAAAUUCCUGGAGCCCGUUCUGAACAGUGGAAAGCAAGAAUCAAGUCUCUUUGAUGUUGCCAGGCUUCAUUACCUAGUUAAAGAAAGUGACUUUCCCCUUCAUUGGUCAGAUAGUGAAAUGCUGCUUGCAUUUGGUACUGUGCUGUUUGAACACAUUGCUUGUUUGAUGUAUGACUGCCUGGACUGGAGAAGACAGCAUUGCAACUACUUGGAAAACACCAAGUUUAUUAAUGUGCCUGUGUUUCCAGAGAGCAAAUCCACACAACCAUCUUCAUUUGAGGAACAGCCAGCACCACGGAUGUCACCUACAAAGAAAAAAGGGAAACCAGAAGAAAUUCUGUCAACAGUAGUUUUGUCAGAGACAGAAGAAACUUCUAUUCUGUUCCCUUCUGUGGACAUGAGGUAUUACAAUGACUUGCUGAGUCAAAUUCCUGAGGAGUACUUUUCUAUACCAUUAAUGCUGAGCUGCAUGUUGGAACAGGUAAUUGCAAGUGAAGAAGAUCUUCCACCACCGAGUCUGGUGUCACCACAGCCUCAGGCAGAUGAGCUGCAUCGUGCCAUUGCAGAUCAUAUAAUCUCUGUCCUUCCUUCUCUUUCACUUCCUAUAAGUGAAAAAAAGAAUCUGUAUGACUACUUUUCUUCUAAAUAUGGUGAACCACAGACAGAGACUGUCACCCCCCAGUACCCUCUCCUAUUUAAUUACCACGAUGCCCUGGCUCACCGGUUGCACCUGUUGAAGGUCCAGGAGAACUUCAAUCCAGAAAAGAUUGAGCAUGAAAUGAUGGAUAAACUGCCUCUUACAGAACUUAUCCAUUUCACCCCUCCUUCAGCUGAAGACAACACUAAACGCUUGGCCAGAGUUCAUGAGCUCAUGCAUUAUUUUACUACUGAACUUCUGACUUGGGCUGAAGUAGAAAGAGCCUUCAGAGUGUUUACUUUUGAAAGCCUGAAGCUGACUGGGCUAAGUGACUCUGGUUUCCUGGAGAGCUCUGGAUCUAGGGUUGAAGGUGAUUCUGAAGAGUCUUAUAUCCCUUGGGAUAAUCCAGCCAUGUUUGCAAGACAGCUGAGACAACUCUUCCUUAUGGAAAAGAAAUUUAAUGAGAAAUCUCCAAGAAGCUCUGGGACAGAAACAAGUGACGAAGAUGAAGAAGACAAUCUGGUUUAUCCACUUUUAAACGUAGACUUGGAUCAUCUUUAUUCUGAUAUGGUGAGUCUGGAAAAUUAUGGCCUAGGACCAAGUUUAGAAGAAAUAAAAAAGACACAGAGGCGUUGCUUGACAGACUGGAGUUUGGAAGAGCAUUUUGAACCGCAUGUUCUUUGUCAGGUUCUUCACUCAGCAUCCCAAGAAUAUAGAUGUAUUGAUUCCUUUUAUCAUACCCAAGAUAACACUUUACUAAUGGUUUUUCACAAUCCCAUGAAUCAACAGCGUCAGAGCCAAGAGACUUGGGAUAUUGCUCUGCACUCUAAUGUGCGAUUCAGGAGCUAUCUUGAGCUGGUGGCCAACUUAAUUGAAGACUGGGUGAAAGAGGAAGAAGCUAAAUACCAAAAAGAGAAGAUGGGAAGCACAACCAAACCUGAGAAUGUAACAGAGUCUCAAUCCAAGAAUGAAGAAAGUCUCAUUAUCAGAGAAGAUUCUCUAAAGGCUUGGAAGAUUGAGCAGGACCGAUUACGAGAGGAAGAAAAAAAAGAAAAGGAAGAACAAGAACACGAAGAAAAUUUGCAAAGUGGAAGGAAAAGCCAGGAUAUGAAACGUAAAGGAAGUAAACAAUCAAACAGAAGACCUUCUGAAGAGAAGCAUCAAAAUGAAUCGGCAGAAGCCGCUGAACUUGAGGAGGAUCAUAGCAUUCCAGAAUCAUGUCCUGAGAAAGUUUAUAAGUUUCAUGGCUACAAUACAGGAGAGGAUAUCAUUCAAGUAUCAGGAACCAAUCAAUAUCUUUUCCCGUCCGAUGGAGGACAGAUUCAAGUAGAGACUAUACAGUUUGUAAAAAAAACUUUGAUAAAGGUGAAAGUAAUGAAAGACAAGCACAAUUUCUUCAUUCAUAUCACUGACCCCAUGGAAAACUUCAAAGAACCUAAAGAGCAAGAAAUUAAUGAAGGACUGCACAUUAGAUCAGGAGAAAUGGAAAAUAAAAAGAAAGCUGUGAGCAAGUUUGGAUCUUUUUCAGCCACCUUGGAAAAUGGAAUCCAGCUGUCUCUGAGCUAUUAUGGACCUACAGGGGAGGCAGCAGAUGAUGAAACAGGUCUUACCUUAGCAAGAAUUCUGAACAUCCCUUCUGUUCAUCUUCCGACGGUAAUUCCAACAACAGUUUCUCCUGCUACACCAGCUCUGGGGAAAAAAGAUAAGUUUGACAGAAGAAAAUCAGGAAAACCUUCUGCCAAAGGAAACAAAGGUGUUGCCAAAUUAGCCCCUUCAUCACCUAAUAGCCUGGUACAGAAAGAAGAAAAGAUGGAAAUGCAAGAACCAGUUCUCCAAACACAAGAGAUGUCAGACGCUCCUGCUUUUCCAAGUUUGAAUGUCUCCUGUCCCAAUGGACUUGUAUUAACUUUCCUUGGUGAAAGGUUUCGAGAUUUGAAAGAUGAAGCCAGUGCCACUGAAGCAAAGAAAAAGAUGGCAGAGGAAAGUAAGGCCAAAGCAGAUGAAGAAGAGAAGGAAGAGGUUAUGCCAAGUAGAGAGGAGAAACAUCAGGUUACAGAAAGUGCAAUAAAGCAGGAAGACACCAAAAGUGAACAGGCUAAGCAGCCUUCUCUGGAAAUUCUGGUUAGACAGAGUUAUCCUCAAAAGGUAAAGAACUCUCAUCUUUAUUCACCUCCAGCAAGGCAAAGAGAACAAGAGGUGUCAAGAGUCAUCACUAGUCAAGGAACUGUCAUAAAGCACUUGAUGGAUGGAUCUACCCAGAUUCUGUUUGCUGAUGGCACAGUGAGUAAUAGCCCUGAUUCUGGUCCUGUACUACCACCACCUACAAUUCCAGAUGAAAUAUGGAGGAAAAUUCCCUUAACAGAAUCAGACGGUUUAUCUGAGACCAGCACCAAGAAAGGAAAAGGCAGUGACAAGACAUCACUACAGUCACAAAAGUCUGAGGAGUUUGAAAAGGCCAGUUCUACACAACCUAAGGCAGGAACCUGGAUAACAACAACUCCAUUAGGCAUCCUAGUGGGCACAGAGGGUGCCACAAGAAUGGAUCUGAAGCCACUUUUAAUGUAUCAGGCUACAAACCCACCUGAUGGAACGAUUAUGACUGUACGAGAAGAUGAAGUGAUAAUUGUUGAGAAUCCAGGUGGUAACAGAGUAGUAGACCAUGCUGAUGGUACCAGGAUCACAACUUUUUAUGAAAAAUGUGAAGACCUUUCUAUACCAGAGGGUAGUGUGGAAACAGAUGAACCCUCAGAAGUCAUCACAAAGAAGCUUAAAGGUACACGAGUAGAGAAUCCUGAGUUUGCUACUGUUUUAACAAAUUGUGAGGAUGGUACCUGUUGUACUAUCUUUGGAGAUGGGACAUCUAUUCUAGCAAAGCCACAGGGAACAUACCAGGUUUUACCCAGCAAGGGAGGCUUUCUUUUCUUUGAUGAAGAUUGCUCCGCAGUUUAUAGCCAUGAAGUUUAUGAUUUCAGCAGCAAGGAAGAAGAGAAACAAGCAGGGAGAUAUGUUAUGAAACACACUUCCAGCACUAUUUGUGAGAUGAUGGAUCCUGCAGGAAAUAUUUUCAAGGUCCUGGUUGAUGGCAGCACAGAUGUGUGCAUUCCCAGCAGUGGCUCUAAUGGCAAGGAGGACAGGAGUUCAGCAGCAGAUGAUGUUAACAAACCUGUCACUGAUAAUGAGCAUGUCCCCAGGUUUUUCAUCAUCGCUGAGGAUGGUUCUGGAACGGAGCUCCUGCGAACAAAGGAUGUACACAAGUAUCUGGCUGAGGCCUGCAGUGAUCCUGCCACUGCAGUCUUGAAGAAUCCUGUACAAGAACAGCCAGGUGUUGUAAGUAUUACUGUCCUCCGCCCUAUGGCUGAAGCGUCCCCCUGGGUAAUGAAGAAAGAACCAGAGUGUAUUGUUCCUCUAUAUCUUCAGUCAGUGACUCAGGAAGAAUCUUCUCCUCCUGAGGGGAAGAUCACAAGCCACCCAGUCAGAAGGAGUGCCCGGAAGGGUCUCAGCAUUGGAGCAGCAUGUUUGUCCUUGCCAGUCCCUGUGCGAAAAUGUCCCAAAAAACUGCAAAUCCGACAGCUAUUCCAGUAUAAGCCACUCUGUGAUGAACUAAGAGAAAAACUGCAGCUUUCCCUCAAGGAAUACAUAGACAAUGUCUUAAAGCAGGAAAAUGAGCUGGAAGAGAUGAAUGUGAAAGAACCAAGAACAGAAGAGGAAAAGGAGAAUGCUGCAAGUCUCCUUGAACAGGCCUUUCCUGACUGGGAGAAAUCAACUGAAAAACUCAGUGAUAAAGACCAUGUGAGCCAGCUGUAUGAGCAGGCAGUGGCUCCUCCUGCCCAGGAUCACACAGAGAAGACAAGCACUGCACAAAGAAAGGACCAGCAGCAGAGUCUAGAAAGAGUAUCAUCCAAGUGGAAAAGCAAGCUGGAACAGAACAGGAAAGAACUGGAUGAACAGAAGGCUUUAUUUGCAGCAAUGAAAAACAGAAUUUUUGCUCCAUAUUUUCAAUCUGAAUUUGCCAGAGACUUUUACCGAGAAAAGUUUCCUGAUUUGGAGACAAUGUCUAAGGAACUUCCUCCACUUCAAAAAGAAAGAAGUGAGACUCAGCCUCUGUGGUUGUUAAAAGAACCCAGUGGAGCAGCUGAAUUUCUUGAUACCACAAGUGAUUCAUCACUUUCAUCUGGCCCUCCACUACAGGAUUCCUCCAAACAAGAUGAUGGUCCCAGCAGCACAACAGACCUAAACAAGGCUGCAAGAGCAGAAGAGACAGCCUUUCAACAUAAAGUUCCAAGUCGGAUGGUAGAUGUUACAGGACAGACAAGAAAAGAGAAAGUACUAUUACCAUCAUACUUUCAGGGGAAAAAACCAAUCACCAUACCAAAUAAAAAGAUGGAAGAUCCUGCCUCAGGAAAGGUCAGCACAUCUUCUGUUGCAACAAGACAAGAUCUUACCAACUUCCAUCUCAUCCCACCCAAGGUGACAUUUGGAGUGCUAAAGGAGGGCUGCACCUAUGCAACCACUGUAAUCAUGAAGAAUGUUGGUGUGAACUUCUCAAGGUUUCGGGUGAAGCAGCCACCUCCACACACAGGACUGAGAGUGAUGUACACACCACGACCUGUGGCAGCAGGCUUGCAGGUUGAACUGGAGAUAGAGAUUUUUGCCAUGCUAUUUGAAGGGAAAGACACUGGUGGCCUUGAAGAAGUUUCCCAUAAUAUUGAAAUAAUAACAGAAACUGAAACUCUUCUCCUGCCUGUGAAAGCAACUGUGCUAUCCAGUGACAUUUAUAGGUGCCGCCCAGAAGGAUACCCCCAGGGAGGGAUGGCAGCAGCAGUCCAGGCACUUCCUCCAAGCCCCAAGCCACGGUUACGGAUCACACUCCCACGAAAGCUUUGAAGUUAGUGUUAGAGCCCAAGAAGAUCAACAUGAGGAUCAGCAACACUGAAAUACCUAGAUUUUAGUUCAACCUUAUGGAAACAUUCAGUGUAAUUUUUCCAUUCGUUUAAUCAGAUUAAAUGAGAAUAAAUAUUUUGCCUUUUCCAUUAAUGGGAAAGGUGGUCCAAAA